AUGACGAGUGCAGAUGAGGCUGUGAAAACCGUAUUCCCCAAAUCCCAUUUCUAUCUUGAGGAAGCGUUAUGCGAAGCAGCUCGCACAAACGAUUUGAGCAAAACCCGACGUAUUUUAAUGGAACGUGUUGACCCCAACUGGCUCAACGGUUUCGGACUCUCGCCCCUCCAUAUCGCCUGUCAAAACGGUAGUUUUGAAGCUGCAAAAAUGUUGAUUUGCAACAACGCUUUAGUGGACUUUGAAAACGCAGUUGGCGUCACACCACUGCACCUGGCAGCUAAGAAUAACCACAUAAAAUGUGCACAGCUGCUUCUCUUGUGUGGUGCUGUUGCCUCUAAGCCAACUUGGUCCCGGUGUACGCCAAGGGAGUAUGCACCAAGUGGAAGUAAACUGAGGAAAAUACUGGAACAAGCUGAACUAGGAACACUGCCAGAUCCUAAGCAAGUUUUCGAGACUUCAAUGGACCCCUUGGUACCGAAAUUUUCGAUUCCACCCAAACCCUCUGAUAAAUAG